CAUAGGUGAUUUUGCACACAGAGAAAGUCAUCAUCUUCCUCAUCUUUAAUUUCCCUUCCUGGUUUUCAUACAAACUAUGCAUCAAGCUUUUGUUAUUUCAAGUUUUCAGAAGCUUUUACUUCCCAUUAUUACUUGCUAUUGUGGUUUGUAGAAGUUUAUAGAUAGAGUAUAUAUUGGUUUUGAUCUUUAGAUAUAGUUAUGGGACGUGGGAAGAUAGAGAUCAAGAGGAUAGAGAACCAGACGACUCGGCAAGUGACGUUCUCGAAGCGACGAGCCGGACUUUUGAAGAAGACACACGAGCUUUCUGUACUUUGUGAAGCUCAGAUCGGCCUCAUCAUCUUCUCCACCACUGGCAAGAUGUGCCAGUAUUGCAGUGAGCCGUAUAGAAUGGAACAAAUCAUAGAAAGGUAUUUGAAGGUCACAGGAAGUAGCAUUCCUGAGCAUGACAAUCGGGAACAUUUGUACAAUGAAUUGGCAGUGUUGAGGAGAGAGACCCGUCGGCUUCAACUGAGCAUGCGACGCUACACCGGUGAGGACAUGAGCACGAUACCGUUUGAAGAGCUCGAACAACUAGAAAAAGAACUCGAACGCUCCAUCAUAAAGGUCCGAAUGCGAAAGAAUGAGCUUUUGCAGCAACAACUGGACAACUUGCGUAGAAAGGAGAGACUACUAGAAGAAGAAAACAGCAAUAUGUACCGAUGGAUUCAAGAACACAGAGUGUCGAUCGAGUAUCAGCACGGGGGAAUGGAAGCUAAGCCGAUGGAGUAUCAGCAAGUUCUUGGGCAAUUCCCUUUCUAUGAUGAACCCAGCAGUGUGCUUCAGCUCUCAACCAUUAGCCCCCAACAGUUCCAUUCCUACCCGCUCCAGCUUGCUCAGCCCAACCUUCAAGAUUUGAAUAUCUAGCAUUGCCAUCGCAGCUAUGGUAUAUUAUAAUCCUGCAGAUUUUCUGAGAAUGAUGAAAAGAACAUGGUACAUUACAUAGACAGAUCGAGUCGACUUUGUCAGGAUCGAAAUAUUGUGUUUAAAUAUCUAUUAGAAACAUAUUUCUGAUAUUGUUUUUGUUUAGGGAGUGUGCUACAUAUAUAUGCUUUCUUGCUUCUG